GGCGGAAGUGGCGGGGGCGGGGCCAUGGCCGAAGGAUUCCGCCGGGAAAGGUUUCUGAGGCGGGUUCGUCCCGGGGCCGGAGCUCCUUGAUUUUUACUUCCGAGGCCGGGACGGGUCGAGGGCUGAGUGCGUCCGUCCCUACCCGUCGAGGACCCAAUGCUGCCUGAGGCUUGAGCCCGACAGAAAAACCACACCUGAAAAAAAAAACAAACCACAAAUCCUCCUAUGUCUGCAGUAUCAGCGUGGAUUCCUCAGGUUCUUCAGGGUUGGAGAUCCUUCAACAGUGUUAAAUAUAUUACCGUCUACUUAGGAGAUGGCUUCUUUGCCAAGGAAGGGGCUGCAGGCAAGGAUUCUGAGCUCUGAAGAAGAGGAGAAAUUAAAAAGAGACCAAGCCUUAAUGUCUGAUUUCAAACAGCAAAAACUGGAAAAAGAGGCUCAGAGGAACUGGGACCUUUUUUACAAAAGAAAUAGCACUAACUUCUUCAAAGAUAGACACUGGACCACCAGAGAGUUUGAGGAGCUCAGAUCAUGUAGAGAGUUUGAAGAUCAAAAAUUGACUGUGCUUGAAGCUGGCUGUGGUGUUGGGAACUGUUUAUUCCCACUUUUAGAAGAAGAUCUGAAUAUCUUUGCCUAUGCCUGUGACUUCUCUCCAAGAGCCGUUGAGUAUGUCAAGCAAAAUCCUUUAUAUGACACAGAAAGAUGCAAGGUGUUCCAGUGUGAUCUAACCAAAGAUGACCUUCUGGAACACAUGCCCCCCGAGUCUGUGGAUGUUGUCAUGUUGAUAUUUGUACUCUCUGCUGUUCACCCUGAUAAGAUGCACCUUGUCUUACAAAACAUUUACCAGGUAUUGAAACCAGGCAAAAGUGUCUUGUUUCGUGACUAUGGCCUAUACGAUCAUGCCAUGCUUAGGUUUAAAGCUGGCAGCAAACUUGGAGAAAACUUUUAUGCUAGACAAGACGGAACCAGAUCGUAUUUUUUUACUGAUGAAUUCCUGGCUCGUCUUUUUCUGGACACAGGUUAUGAAGAAGUGGUGAACGAGUAUGUGUUUCGCGAGACAGUGAAUAAAAAAGAAGGCCUGUGUGUGCCGAGAGUGUUCCUUCAGAGCAAAUUCCGGAAGUGUCCUAAGAACCCAACACCUGCGACCCUGGGCCUGGGUCACAAGUCUUGACCUUUCACGAGGUUGACAUUUGUGCCUCCCCUUGAAGAGGAAAAUUUAUUUUUUUAAUUUUUUUAAUGUUUUAUUUAUUUUUGAUACAGAGAGAGAGCAUGAGAGGGGGAAG